GCAAAUAUUCCUAAGGGAUUUCUGAAGCUGAGUCUCGCAACAGACUCCAUGAAGACUCCAGACUCAGAGCUGACCUCUCAGAUCUCACAGGUGCAGGUGAUGGUAUCGGAGCUGAGGGCCGGCUUUGGGAGCGCCCUGCAGGAGCUGAGCAGUAUCCAGCACAAGGACGCUGUCCUCCAGCAGCAUAUCGACCAGACCAGGGAGGACUGCAGCCUGCAGAUCCAGGAGCUCAGGAGACCGGUGUUCUCUCUCAAGGACGAUCUGCAGGUGGCGCUGUGUGAGAUCAGGAGGGUCAGCGACUGGCAGCUGCGGCUCCAGCAGGACCUGGACGAGGGGCAGCUGGAGAGCACAGGGCUGUUCGAUCAACACAGCCACAGGUCUGUGACGUGUGGCAGCAGUGAGAGUGAAGAGCAUGCUCCAGCACCCCCUGUCUGCAGGAACCUGCUCCUGCGCUGUUACCUGCAGGGGCUCAGGCAGUGCCAGGGACAAGGCAGGAGACAGCAGGCUGCCAUGGAGCUGCUCCAGUCUGAGAGGGUCUGUGUCUCCAGCCUGUCUCAGCUCCAGCUGCACCUCGGCACAGCGCUGCCCCCCCGGGCUCACAGACAGGAGCUCAGCGAGGCGUUCCGUGCGUGUGUCCAGCAGCUGUCACAGCGCCACCUGCUGCUCAGGAACACCCUGGAGGAACGUGUCUUCAGCUGGAAGUGGCAGGGCAUGCUGGGAGACAUGUUCGCUCAGCUGACCAGCCAGGAUGAUGAUGACUUCUUGGACUCCUACCUGACGUACUUCAGGCUUUUCCAUUCCUGCCUCUUGGUGCUUCGCCAGUCCUGGAGUGAGUGGCCCAGCACACACUUGCAGGACCCCGCUCCCGGCCGGGACCAGCAGCUGCUGUCUCUCCUAUCAGCUCCACUGUCCCAGAUUCACAGCUACCUCUCACACAUUCAGGAUUUGUCCAGGUGGACCAGCGGGGAGCACCCUGACUCUUACCUGCUGAAGCUCAGCGAGAGGAGACUGGGGUGCUUCCUCACGCAGCACAGGGAGUUAAUGCAGGAGGCUGUGAGCCAGGCGGAGCAGUGCAGGGCAGGAGGAGGUGUCAUGGCUCGACCCCUCAGCCCCCCCUCCCCACAGCCCAGUAACAGUAGCAGCGCCACCAGACACAGCGGGGUGCAGUCCGAGAGCACUGAGCACAGGGACCCCGCGGACAGGAGCAGAGACAGCGGGGUGCAGUCCGAGAGCACCGAGCACAGGGACCCCGCGGACAGGAGCAGAGACAGCGGGGUGCAGUCCGAGAGCACUGAGCACAGGGACCCCGCGGACAGGAGCAGAGACAGCGGGGUGCAGUCCGAGAGCACUGAGCACAGGGACCCCGCGGACAGGAGCAGAGACAGCGGGGUGCAGUCCGAGAGCACUGAGCACAGGGACCCCGCGGACAGGAGCAGAGACAGCGGGGUGCAGUCCGAGAGCACUGAGCACAGGGACCCCGCGGACAGGAGCAGAGACAGCGGGGUGCAGUCCGAGAGCACUGAGCACAGGGACCCCGCGGAGAGGAGCAGAGACAGCGGGGUGCAGUCCGAGAGCACUGAGCACAGGGACCCUUCUUAUUCUUGUUUUUUUUACUUUGUAUUAAUCUCUAGAUAUGGAGACGGUUUCCUAGCGCCAAGUCCGAGAGGACAGGCUUGGCAGAAUCAGCUUCAUGGCAGGGAUCUUCAGCCUCACACAGCUCUGGACUCUCACAGAUCAGAUGCUUGCAUUGCUUCCAGCAGCAACAGCAGCAAUCCCCCUGACCAGAAGUCCAGGGGUGGCAAAAAACUGUCCUCCCCUAAAACUGCGGUGCAAACUGGGCAGUCCCCUGCAGCCCACACACCGAAUGGGAAGCAGCCGAGCCUCGAGGAGGACUGCGCUGAGGAUCUGGAUCUCAUCGGCGCCUCUGUGUUCGAUUAUCACUCCACCGGCUCCUCGGACUCCAGCCCCAAAACCGCCCGAGCGAGUGCCGCGGCCAGGUUACCCAAGAACUGUGGGAUACUGAGGGACCACGACCCCACUGACACAAGCAGCUUCACGAAGAACUGUGGGAUACCGAGGGACCGCGACCGCACUGACACAAGCAGCUUCACUAAGAACUGUGGGAUACCGAGGGACCGCGACCCCACUGACACGAGCAGCUUCACUAAGAACUGUGGGAUACCGAGGGACCGCGACCCCACUGACACGAGCAGCUUCACUAAGAACUGUGGGAUACCGAGGGACCGCGACCCCACUGACACGAGCAGCUUCACUAAGAACUGUGGGAUACCGAGGGACCGCGACCCCACUGACACGAGCAGCUUCACUAAUAACUGUGGGAUACUGAGGGACCGCGACCCCACUGACACAGAGAGCAGUGCCGAGGGGUUGGAACCCCAAGUGAGCCGAACGAAGCCCCAGCUGAAGCUCACGUCUCAGGGGCCCCCAGGAUGCAUGCUUCCCCCUGCAGGGCCCCCAACACCCUCCCUGGCAGAGAGAGCGGAGCCCAGCCUCAGUCCCAGCAUGCAGCUCACAGGGGGGUCAGAGUGGCACACAGUGUCCCUGUCCUGCCAACCUUACUGGGGCAACACAGCACAAACUGCAAAGAGCUGCCCAAGCAUGUAAGCUUUGGAAAUCAGGAUGUACAUUUUUUAUUUAUUUUUUAUAAUUAAAUUUUUUACACUAGACCUAGAAAAUUAUCUUUGAUCCCAUGUGGUGGACCCUCAAACCAAGUGGGUUUUAGGCAAUAAUUUUAUACUGUAAUUCGCUUAAAUAUAUUAUUCACAUUUCUCAGUUGUGGGAUUUGAUUGUGAACUGCUGAUGCCUUUGAUAAUGUUUUCAUGUGUUACAAGGUGGGCUUUCUUUUAGAGAUUUUCUUUUGUGUUAUUAGACUUCUUGUCUUUAGCACACAAUCCCGACAAUUAUAAUAUAUAUA